CAUAAAAAUUGCAUUUUGUAUGCGUAGGAAAUAUUACAUCAGGAGUUUUGAUGCAAAAAAGUAUCAAGAUUCCAAUCACUGAUUGUCACAUGUGCAGUCUAGACCCCUUGCUAAAAAAAAUUAAAUAAUUUAAUACAAGAUAGGGCCGAACUAUACUCGUGAUAGGCAAUAAUUGAAGUCUUGAUGCAUUUUUACAUCAGGUGAAUCAAGACUCAUAUUUUUUCUGCAUGUGAAUGACCCCACCUACUCCAUAUCCCCGCACUCCUCGUUAGCCCCAAAACAAAUUUGGUUAUAACGUUCGAAUUUUUAAACUCCAGUAGUAAUAAAUUCGCAGGGAGGUCUCUCCCCAUCUCAUAUUCCCGCCAUAAUACUCCAUGGUGGCUUCUGCACUCCAUUGCUUCCAACUCUCUCCAAUCAAAGCCCUCUUCUUCUACCGCGUUCUGUUUCACUUCUCUUCAAUCUUCCGCCCAAAACCCAGCUGGAAUUCCAACCAAAAUCUCGUCGUCACUCACCCAAUCCUCUCCCGCAUGGAGUGCUGUGAUUCCAUGGCCGAGCUUCUGCAAAUCCAAGCGCAGCUCACAAGGACUGGACUUAUCACCCAGCGCUUCCCAGCCAGCCGCGUGCUUGCCUUCUGCGCUCUUUCUGAUAAUGGCAACAUGAACCAUGCCCGCAUCCUUUUCGAUCAAAUUCCUGACCGGAAUACCUAUAUCUGGAACACCAUGAUCCGGGGAUUCAUCAGAUGUGGAUCUCCCCUUCUGGGCAUCUCCUUCUUCCGUGACAUGACUGCCAAAAAGAUGAAUUUCGACUGCAGAACAAUUGUCUUCGUGCUUAAAGGCUGUGAGUACUCAUCAGACUUCUUAUUAGGACAAGCAAUUCAUGCUCUAGCUUUCAAAUGGGGGAUUGGUUUUGAAAUCCUCGUCCAAAACGCAUUGAUACAUUACUAUAUACAGUUAGAACAGUUAGAUUGUUCAAGGAAACUGUUUGAUGGAAUGGUUGACAGAGAUGUUGUUUCCUGGACUACUAUGAUUGACGGUUAUUCUGAAAAAGGCCAUUACACUGAUGCAUUAAGGAUGUUUCAGUGUAUGUUAACCAUGGGUGUUCAGGUAAAUGCGGUGACAUUAAUCACAGUGCUUUCAGCUUGCUCCCAUACUGGUUCCUUGAAUCUGGGAAGGUCAUUCCAUGGCUAUGCUGAAAAGAUUUGUUUAGCAGAGAGCCUUAAUUUGAUGAAUGCCUUAGUAGGUAUGUAUGGGAAGUGUGGAUGCUUAGAAUCUGCACGAAGAGUUUUUGAUUGUUUGGAUACUAGGGAUGUUUUCUCCUGGACUAGUAUGAUGAGUGGGUAUGCCAAAAAUGGAGAUUUGGAAUAUGCACGGAAGUUAUUCGAUAACAUGCCUGAAAAAAAUGUUGUUUCUUGGAGCAGUAUGAUUGCUGGCUACGCUCAAGCAAAUCAGUCAGAAGAAGCAAUAAGCUUCUUCCGGGAGAUGCUCGUAGAUAAUGUAGAACCAAUAGCUGCAACUCUCGUGAGUGUGCUUUCAGCAUGCGGUCGUUGCGGUCGCUUGGAUCUUGGACGAUGGAUAUAUGAACACUACAUUGAAAAAAAAGUACUGAAACUUAGUUUGAAUUUGUCAAAUGCAUUUAUAGAUAUGUAUGCUAAAUGUGGAGCCAUCAAUGUUGCAGCAAAAAUAUUUGAUGAAAUGACCGAGAGGGAUAUAGUGUCUUGGAACUCAAUCAUAAUGGGAUAUGCAUUUCAUGGCAAUGGAAGCAAGGCUGUGAAGCUCUUUGAGCGACUAAAAAGAGAAACUUUGGUUCCUGAUGAUAUAACUUUUGUUGGAGUUCUCACUGCUUGCAGCCAUGUUGGCUUGGUUUCGGAGGGGCGGAGAUAUUUUCUUGGUAUGAAAGCAGAGUUUGGAAUCGAGCCUAAGCCAGCACAUUAUGCUUGUAUGGUUGAUCUCCUUGGUAGAGUUGGACUUUUAGAAGAUGCCUUUGAAUUGGUGAGGAAUAUGCCUAUGGAGCCUGACGAGGCUGGCUGGGGUGCCCUUCUUAAUGCUUGUAGGGUUCAUGGUGAUUUGAAAAUUGGUCAUUUUGUUGGAGAAAAACUUCUGGGAAUGGAGCCUGGAGAUAGUGGAGUCUAUUCACUUUUAUCAAAUAUUUAUGCAACUUGGAACAGGUGGGAUGAAGUGAAGAAGUUGAGGGCGAUGAUGAGGGAUAGGAGAGUUAAGAAGGUUCCAGGCUGCAGCUCAAUAGAGAUUGAAGGAAAGUCUCAUGAAUUUUUUGUUGCAGAUAGAUCACAUAUUUCUUCUGAAAGUAUAUAUGAGAUAUUGGAUGUGAUUUACAUGCACUCUAGUGAGAAGGAAGGAAAAAAAAUAGUGAGAGGGAGAGAAGUUUUUUAGCUUUGAUAAGCCAAUUCCAGUAUUAGGAUUUCUGGAACUAUGGCUUCCUCUUGCAAGACUCAACCAUGGUGAAUAGAGAAUGAGGAUUUAUAAUGCUGAACCAAAUAGUGGGAAGAAGGCUCGGAUGAUGAUACCUUACUCAUGCCUUGAUGAGAGGGAAAGGACCUAAACUGGAGUUAUGAAGUUUGUGGCCAUAAUAUAAAGAUGGUUAGCAAGUAACUGUAUAAUGGAUUUUGAAAGGCAAAAUAUGAAUGAUUGAUACUUUGUCCAUAGUGCUUCAGAACUGGCAUAGUGAUAGUAAAUCAAGAUGCGUGCAUGUUGGGGAUUGACUUGAGAAAAAUUUCUGUCCACUACUAAAUUUCUACAAUAUUUAGGUUAACGAAGAGCAACAUUUUUUCGAAUCAAGUACUACUAUUCUCUUGCAUUGUCGACUCCUAAAGAUGACUGUUCAACAAAAACAUUCAUGUCAACUCCAACCACGUCUGAUAUCAACCAAAGACCUUGGGCAGUGUGUACUUUUAAAAACGCAGAUGCCAAGCUCUGUCCGUCGAACCCAUCAGCCGAAGUGCUAGCUGCCGGUUUGAUCCACCCAGCUCCUUCUUUGAGCUCAUUCAGCAACUUGACUAUCAGGUCGAGCCGCCGAGCUGAUCUGUGGGGGUGCCAAUUGUCAUAUUCCAACUGUCAGGUUGAUUCGUCGAGCUCCACAUCUAUUAUGGAUAGUCUGACAUCCAUAUCAUUGUCGUCUUUCAUUGGCGCUUUAUGGAGAGACCUUGUAUUGUACUAAAAUUAUUUAACAUUCUCUCUUUGUAACCCGAUAGAGGAUAUAGAAGCCAUCUCGAGUUAUAUAAAUAGAGAUUCUCCCACCUUCUAGAGCGACUUUUUACUUUUUCCCUCUUCCAUCCUUCUGGGAGAUCAAAGAUGGGGACUUUCAAAGCAUACAUCCAUUUUUUAGGUCUUUUCCGUAUUGUAUGAGCCAAUGAAUAAUUAAA